AAGCAUUUUCUUACCAAGUACAUAUUCAGCCGUACAUCCGUCCAUUCUCGUCGACCCAACUAUUUUUUCUUCCCUUUGGCUCUCUGAAGUUUUUUAUUUCCUUCUCCGUCGUCUUCCCUGCGUCGGCCUCGGUACGUACAUAACAACUUUCGCGUGGUUUCACGAAGUGCUACCGGGCUUUGACUACCUGCUUGUUGUUGUGUGAUCUACACCCACACAAGACGAUUGAAACCUGAGAAGGAGAAGACAUCGGAAUAGCGGGAUAAGGUCUACUCUUAGCUUAAGGCCAUAAAAAACCUAAUAGCCGACUUCGGAAUCAUCGAGAUCGAUCCACCAAGGUUUUUUUCGACAAGAGAGCUCGAUUUGAAGACUCUGCUCUAUAUCGACGAUACUUACCUAUUCGGGUAACUUACACCAUCAAGCUCUCGACUGAGUCUCGUCCCCAGCUCAGUCCGGGAAGGAAAACCACCCCGUUCUUACGUCCAUCGUAUUAUCGCCAUCUUCUCACCUCUAGAUCCUCAUUUCGACUAUCGCUCAAAAUGCAAAUCUCAAAAUCCUCACUCCCAGCCACCCUCCUACCCCUCCUCCUCCUUCCGGGAUCCUCGCUCGCCACAGUCGCAGACCGGUCGUCAUGCGUUCACAGUGGCGCCGUCAAGUUCUCCGCGGCCGCCGCCUGCGGUGACAAGGGUUCUCUGGAAUACUGCUUCCAGCGUGUGCCCGAGUACGUCGAGAUCGGAGACCUGGAGCGCUGCUUCCGGAACGCCGGCUGCACGAACGCGGAGGCGGGCAUCGAGGCAACUUUCCUCCUUCACAGCUGCGGUAACGAGCAGUCCGUCGCCGAGCUGAGGCGGCGAUCACCUGAGGCUUUACCAGCCCCCAACCCCGCAGACACGACGACCGCCACGUCAACCGAUACCAGCACGGCCACGGGCACGACCUCGAGCUCGCUUCAAUGCAGCACGGCAACGACAACCUCCACCUCGUCGUGCCCGGUCCAGUCAACGGGCACGGCAUCAGGGUCGACGCUGUCGUGCUUCGAGACAACAGUAACAACGUCGGUGUGCGCAGCGGCCAACAUCUGCCUGACAGACGACAGCGGCAACGACGUGUGCUUGCUGCGCGACGACCACCUCAGCACGAGCGAGCUCAUCAUCACCAUCUUCCUCGGCGUCUGCUUCGCCGCCGGCUUCGCCACCCUCAUCUUCUUCGCCUGCCGCGACAAGCGCGCCCAGCGCAAGCUGCGCGCCAUGAAGCAGGCUGCUGAUAUUGCUAAGACGAACGCCGUGAACGCGACGAGCGCUACUGCCGCCGUGGCUCCGGUUGAGCAGUCCGCGUUCCCGGCGAAGCGAGAUGUUAGUCCGGCGCCGGGGAAUCCGUUUACGGAUGGGUCGAGGUAUUAGGAUACCGAUGCCGAUGCCGACUUUUGAGUUUGAGUGUGUGUGUUUGAAGCAUUUGGGUAUGUGAGAUAUCUGCGUAUGGAAUGUGCUCCGGGGCUUAGGAUAUCAUGUGGGGAGGAUGACGGGUGUGGCUGAGACCCGCUCAGGCCGGGUCCGGGUUCACCUGCAUUGUUUUACGAGCAUGGGCAUUUAACUACACGAAAAGACAAAGAGGAGUGGAAAUGGAUAUGGGAUAACUCGAGUUGAAAACCUGGAAAUACGUUGUUACGAAACUUGUUUAGAUA